CGUAGUGAAUGACAAACCCUUGGGCCAGAGAGAGAGGCGGGCAAUAUCGUUCAUGGGAAGGCAAGGCUGGGAGGAGUAUUCAGCUGGACUUGGAAAUAUCUCUGUCUCAAACCAAAGAGCCCUCCUCUGUCAGAGUACACCAACAUCUUUACAGGAGGAAGAAACACCUGAAGGACUCAGCUCUGGGAGGUUAAUUUGCUAACUUUGAUUCUGAAGCCCAUCUCCCCCACUAUCCAGUCAAGAUGAGGCUAUCAGGUGCACUCCGCAUCCUGGCAAUUAUUUUUACUCUGGUGACAACCUGGUUUUUUGCACAUACCUAUUUCAAUUCAGGUAUAAAAGGCAUCAGCAUAAGAAGCUGGCUAGAUUCCAGAACAGGAAUAACCAAGCCUUUACGAACCAAGUGUGGCAACCACAAGAGAUGUCCAGAAGACUUUUUUGCCUUCAGAAUUGUCAGUGGAGCAGCCAAUGUAGUUGGGCCCUCUCUAUGUUUUGAAGAUCGAAUUCUCAUGAGUGCUGUGAAAAAUACCAUUGGCAGAGGGCUAAAUAUUGCACUGGUAAAUGGUUCAACAGGACAUUUCCUGAGACAUGGUAUCUUUGAUAUGUAUUCAGGAGAUAUUAACAUUUUGCUGAAAUUCUUAAGUGAAAUUGCAGAUGGCACCUUAGUCCUGAUAGCAUCUUAUGAUGACCCAGGAACUAAACUGAAUACCGAAGCCCGGAAAUUUUUUACUGAUUUAGGAAGUGUUCAUGCAAACGAUCUUGGAUUCCGAGACAGCUGGGUCUUCUUAGGAGCAAAAGGUCUCAGAGAUAAAAGCCCCUUCGAACAGUUCUUAAAGAACCAUCCAGAAAACAACAAAUAUGAUGGUUGGCCAGAGAUGCUGGAAAUGGAAGGCUGUGUACCAAGGAAGUUGUAUUAGUUGAUGAUGUUGAAUCCUGACCAGGUUCCAUGAAGACUCCCGGAACAAGAAGUGAAAGGUUGUCUUGUAAAAGUCAAGGCUAGAGUAAAAAGUUGAUUUUAUGGAUUCUAGCACCAGUCACCUAUAGGAAAAAUAAUUGAGCUCAAGAUGGACAGUAGGAAAAGGUCACCUAGUUGACAGUACCAAUUAUGUGUUUGAAAUUCUCUUCCAUCCAAAAACACGUUAAAGGAACGUCUUGGCCUCCAAAUUGUUCCUGAAGUACAUUUCCAGGAGAUGUUUCAGUAAAUAUAAAGUUAUUGAGAGAGAAGAUGUUACCCAUCAGAAGAGUAGAUUUUGCUCCUCUAGUAGCCUCAGAAGUUAAGUACUCAACCUCUUUCCCGUUGACUCACUACACCCCAACAUCUCUUUGGGCUUCUAUGGCUUUCAGCUUUUCCUGGGCCCUCUUUUCUCUUUCAACACUAUCCCCCUACUUUCAGGUGCCACCACACAUCACCACUCCAUAUUCAUCAACUUCCAUUUCCCCCCAACUCCACAGCGCCAAUGAAACAGACCUUGUCAGUGCCUCCACUACCACGUGCCCAGGCUGUCCCCAUGCUCUAUGCUUCCCACUCCACCAGUGUUGUAAAAUCAGGAGGCAGAGGUCAGGGCUGGACUGGAACAGGACCAGGAUAGAGCAGGCAGUGGCUUCUGGGAUUGAGGGAGCUUGGAAGAGGGGAGAACAGGCUCAGGAGAGAUGGUCAGAGAAUCUUCCCCAACUCCUCUUCCCUAACCCAUGACAGUGGUUAUGAAAGUGGUGGGGAGGGGAGGAGGAGCUUGAAGGAAAAGGUCCAAGGCUUUCACCUACUCCCUUCCAGGUCCUGUUCCUCUGCCAUCACUGCCACCACUAGAAAAGGGGAGUUCUGCCCUGAGUUCCCCUUCCUCCCCUUCUCUUCCACAUUCUAUUCUCCCCCAUAUCCCAUCUUGCCCCUUGCAGCCUUAGGACUUGUGGGAUGCAGGAGGUUGUAUGGUGGUGGAAGAGGCAGCAUAAGCAAAAACCAUCACACUGGAGCUGUAGGAAACAAAAGUGACAAAUAUAGAUUUAAUACUAAUAAUAAUAAUAAUAACGGUAUUUGUUAAGCACUUACUGUGUGCCAGGCACUG